AUGGCAGAACCCGACGAUGUCGAAGAAGACCUCUUCGCAGAUCUCUAUGAAGCGGAUGAGAACCACGCCCCCAAAAAGAGUGCAGUUCCUGCUUCUGCACAGCCAGCCUCGAGCGACACAGUAAUGAAAACAAGUGAGACGCCAGGCUACGGUGAAGAACCAGAGGUCGCCUUCGACGCUACUUCCUUCGAUACAGAACCUCAGGGCCAGGAUGAACCCACCAAUGGCACUCAUAGUCCAAAGCAAGCUCAAGAAACGCAAGAGAAGCCGCCGCAGGCCGAGGUCUACAACGUCAAUAUGAAAGAAGAUGGGUGA